ACCAAGGCAUCAGUCCUCCAGGAGCCAUCCUCAGCACCUCAGUAGCCCCACAGCCCAGCCCAGCCCAACCCCACCGCCAACAUGUGCAAGCUCGCCGUCGUCCUCGCCGCUGCCCUGUGCGUCGUCAGCGCCGCCCCCGCCCCCAAGCCGGGCCUGCUGGCCGCGGCGCCCCUGGCGUACAGCGUGCACCCGGCGCCCCUCGUGGCCGCCCCCGUGGCCGCCCCGCUGGCCGUGGCCCCCGCCGUCGCCACCGCCUACUCCUCCCAGGUGGUCGCCCGCAACUACAACACGCUAGCCGCGCCCCUGAUCGCCGCCCCCGCCGUGGCCCCCGUGGCGGCCUACUCCGCCUACCCCGCCGCCUACUCCGCCUACCCCGCCGCCUACUCUGCGGCCUACCCCUACAUCUUCUAAACUGAACGGGUUGCAUCUCGUUCUUAACAUUUGCUAGUUGGAAGUCUCUAAUAAACUGACUGAGAUGAAAUGAAA